AUGGACUUAAUAGAUCAAGAAUUUGGUAUUUUGAGAAUGGCACCUGUCAAAGUAGAUGCUGAUAAGAUAAUUCAAGAUAUUAAAGCGGAUCAUGAACAACAGCAUUUUUUGAAAAAACUCCCUCUAAUUGUCCCAAAAAGAAAAGUUGAUGAGCUGGAGGACGCUGAUAGGCCUUCCGAACAAACCAAGCGGCUUACUUCAAAGGACUCAGAGCCUCAGGUAAAUGAAACCCAUAACUCAGUUGCAGGUGCAUAUGAGUUUGUCUCAAUUGGUAUAUCAUCAAAUGGGAAAGGCAUUGCGACUUCAGAAGAUACAACGAAAAUUAUCAGUCACUUAUCUGAAUUGAUAGCUCGGGGUUCAAAUAACUCUUUGACAAAACAGGAUUUUGCAUUUGAGGAGUUUAAAUGCCAGCUUAUUGACCAAAUAAGUAGUAGCAAUCCCUCUUACUUGGAUCUACGCACUCAAAACAUUAAGAACCACGUUUAUAGAUCAUUAGUACAAAAAAAAGGACCUACUUUUAUUCUGAAAAAGUAUGAAGAUCAGAUUAGUCUAGAUUUUCUGAAAAAAGUUUUGCAUUUACACUGUUCAGAAUACGAACAAAGAGCUAUUUUUAUUGAGGUAUCUAACGUUUUUCAAAGUGAUGUUGACGUAAAAACAAAUAUUAUUGCCCAGUUUCAGAAGCAAUUGGUUGCCUUUCAACAGGAUGAUUUGAAAUUACCUGAAAAAUCAAAGGUUCUCAGUUUUGAAAGGGCAAUAGAAAUGAUGUUUUCAGUGAUUAGGUUGAUAAAUUACGCCAAUACGCGGCAGUUUUCAGUAGUCUUCUUUUUGCAUAGUUUAAGAUAUGCGGAAAGUAGUCAUCUGGAGAAUAUUCUAAAAGAAUUAUAUGAAACGAAAGUUCCAAUAUGUACUAUUGGUUUUUUUUCGACAUCUCCAGAAAUGACGCCAUUAACUGAGAAGAAGCAAAUAAUUGCUAAAGAGGAAAGCUCUAUCGUAAGUGAAAUCAUUGAAAAAGAACCAUCCAUGCAUGCCGGCGGUAUUAAGGAAAUGAAAGAUUUUUUUAUGAUACCCGAUAGAUUUACUAAUAGAUACGCUACACUUUGGAAUACCAAGGUUAAAGAGUCGUUGGCAAGUUCUGAAUCUAGUUUUCAUAAAAUGGCUAAAAAAGAGACGCACGAUAAGAAAGCGCCAGAGAAAAUUACCAUUGGAUUGUUAUCUUCUGUUGUGAAGGCUACCAAUUUUGAAGAGCUCUGUCGUCUUGUUACUUAA